GGGGGGGUCUCAUUAUUGCUCAGGGGUCACAGGACACGUGACAGACUUGAGAGCGAGAGAGGAGAGAGCCGAGCAGAGCGAGAGACGGGAGAGAGACGACAGCAACAGAGGGACCUCGCGUGCGUCACUGACAGCGUCAACUCAAGAGCAAUGGCUCGCCCGGGCUCCCCGUUCUGGCAGCUCGCCCGAGUGGCGCCUCUCCUGCUGCUGCUGGUGGCGGUGGUGGGGACGGCGUCCGGCCUCCACUACUACCGACCCCGGCAGGAGGGGGGGGACCCUGCCCCGCUGCAGGGGGGCACGCCGCAGGGGGACUGCCCCGCUGAGUGCGAGUGCCCGGCGCGCUGGCCCGAGUCCCUCUACUGCGACGGUCGCGGCCUCAAGGUGAUGCCGCCCAUCCCGGCGAGGAUCCGCUUCGCGUUCUUCCAGGAUAACCAGCUGGACGUGGUGCCGGAGGGUGCGCUGAGGAACGCCACGCGUCUGGCGUGGCUCGUGCUGCAGAGGAACCAGAUCACUGAGCUGGACAGCGGAGCUCUCGCACGCCUCGGGGAGCUGCAGAGACUUUACCUCGACUUCAACAACCUCACCCAGGUACCCCCCUCCCUGCCGCCGUCCCUGCUAGACCUGCGCCUGGGCCACAACCGCAUCACGUCUGUGGCAGGCGGCGCAUUGGGAGCGCUGCACAACCUCACCUCACUGCUGAUGCACAACAACCUCCUGGGAGAGGGGGGGCUCGGGGCCCUAGGGUCCCUCAAGUCUCUCCGUCGCUUGGAUCUGUCGGGUAACGCGUUGCGGUCACUGCCCACGCCGCUGCCCGCGACUCUGCAGCAGCUCUACCUGGACCACAACCUUGUGCCCUCCAUCCCCAGCGGCUUCCUCAAGGCCUUGCCCGAGCUGCAGUACCUGCGCCUAUCUCACAACGCCCUGGGGGGUGCCGAGAUCCCGGGGGAGGCAUUCAACUCCUCGGCCUCCCUCCUCGAGCUGGGCCUGAGCUUUAACAACCUGUCCCGCGUACCUGCCCUGCCCGCCUCCCUGCAGCACCUCUACCUGCAGGGCAACAGCAUCCGCGAGCUGGACGCGCAGGCGCUGUGUGGGGGUGGUGGUGUAGUGGGGGGCCCCGGGGCCCCCCGCGGUCUUCGCCGCGUCCGCCUGGACGGGAACCCCCUCCCCCGGGGCCUGCUGCCCCACCUCGCCUCGGCCUGCCCGGGGCCCGAGCUCGUCUUCUGAGACGUGACCCCGGGACCUUACCCUGACCCCGAACUCGACAUUCACCUGAGAUGACCUCACCCGGACCUCGACCUGAGAUGACCUCAUCUUGACCUCGACCUUGGCAUUCACUUGAGAUGACCUCACCCUGACCCCGAACUCAACCUUGACAUUCACCUGAGAUGACCUCAAUCUGACCCCGAACUCGACCUUGACAUUCACCUUAGAUGACCCCGAACUUGACCUUAAAAUUCACCUGAGAUGACCUCACCCUGACCCCGAACUCGACCUCGACAUUCACCUGAGAUGACCUCACUCUGACACCGAACUCGACCUUGACUUUCACCUGAGAUGACCACACCCUGACCCCGACCUCGAUCUUGGCAUUCACCUGAGAUUACCUCACCCUGACCCCGAACUCGACAUUCACCUGAGAUGACCUCACCUUGACCCCGACCUCGACCUUGAUAUUCACCUGAGAUGACCUCACCCUGACCCCGAACUCGACAUUCACCUGAGAUGACCUCACCUUGACCCCGACCUCGACCUUAACCUGAGAUGACCUCAAUAUGACCCCGAACUCGACCUUGACACUCACCUGAUGACCCCGACUCUGAGAUGACCCUGACCUUCACGCCGGCAUUGACCCUGAUGACAAUGACCCCUCCUAAGCCAUGGCCUGCAUUCAGCACAACCCUCCACCUAUGAGCUCACCUUGACCCUGGCACUCUCCUACCUGGAUGCUGGUCCAUUGGUGGUCUUCUGAAUCGUGACCCCGAGAUGACCCUGCCUUCACGCUACCCCUCCUCCCCCCGAGCUGCCUUGACCUUGACCGUGACCCCAGUUCCGGCGUCUCGUCGUGACCGUGUCGCCACGUGGACAGCGCUCGCGACUCAAAUAUAAUCACCAGCAAUAAACCCCCGCGUGCCCUUUGUGAUGUUUAUCAUCAUCAUCGUCAUCACCAGUAGCAUCAUGAGUAUCAACAGCAUCAAUAUCAUCAUCAUCACCACAGCAAGAUCGCCAGUUUCAUCAGUAGCAGCAGCAACAUCCGUAUCAUCAUC